AACUUAAUAGGACGGUGGAAGUUUAGCUAGUACAGGAACUCAGCCCUUCAUUCAUUCGACCGCUCGUUUCGCUGCCAAUAAAUCUCAUGAAGCGGAAAUGGUUUCUUUCAAAUCAUCACUGGUUGUAUUGAUAAUAUCAGUGACCGGCAUUCUAGUUAACGGCACCGCAAAACUCAAUAUCCCAAAAGUGUUGCUACCGCUCGCCAGAAGUACAAGAAUUUCCUACACAUUGGAAAUAAACAACGGGGGUUGCUACAGAUGGUCAUCCUCAAGACCUGAGGUAGCCAGCAUCCAGGCUGUAGAAGAAGAAGAUGGUACAGGCUGCUCACGGAGAGCUGUUCUCCAGGCUCUCUCCACCCAGCCGUCCAGACUGACCAGCAUCAUUCUGGCUGAAGAUGUUGUUACAGGACAUGUGCUGCGUUGCGACGCCAUUGUUGACAUCAUUAAUGCGAUCCAGAUCGUGUCAACCACCAGAGAGCUUCAUCUGGAGGACUCACCACUGGAGCUCAAGAUUCAUGCACUGGACUCUGAAGGAAACACCUUCACCACCCUGUCAGGUCUAGUUUUUGACUGGACCUUGGUGAAAGAUGUAGAUGCAAAUGGAUUCUCUGAUUCUUACAACGCAUUACGGGUACUUAAAUUCUCUGAAUCCACAUACACGCCGCUUGCAUACAUAUCGGAGAUGGAGCGUGUUGGGAAACAGGGUGAUGUUAUACUGGUGUCUGGACUGAAAACAGGACAUGCUAAGUUGAAAGCCAAAAUUCAAGAGCCAUUGUAUAAGGAUGUGGGUGCUGCUGAGGUGAGACUGCUGAUUUUAGAGAACAUCCUGCUGAGCCCCGAACAUGACGUCUACUUAAUGGCGGGAACUUCCAUCCGGUACCGAGUCCUGAAGAUUAGACAGGGCAUGAUUACAGAGCUUCCUAUGCCUUCUGAUAAUUAUGAGCUGCACCUUCAGAACAGCGUGGUCGGCCCUGAUGGAAACCCAGACGUUGCUGUGGCCAGUCUCGAUCAAAGCACCUCCACAGCCACAGCCAAUCAAAUGGGACACAUAAACGUUGUGCUUGAUCAUAAGAGCCCUCGAAUGCAAGGAAUGUCUCACCUCCCGAACAACACUCUGUACGUGGUGGAACCAGGCUACCUAGGUUUUAAAAUCCAUCCAGGAGAUAGCUGGGUCCUGGAAACAGGACGAGUGUAUGAUAUCCUCAUUGAAGUAUUUGAUAAAUCCGGCCACAAAAUUUACCUUUCAGAUAAUGUCCGUAUUAGCACUGGUUUCCCUGUGGAGUACUUUGACCUGCAGCAUUCCUCUGUCAAUGGAUCAUAUCAUCGUGUCAAAGCUCUGAAAGAAGGCCUCGCUGUCAUUGAUGCUACCCUGACAGCUGUCGUGGAUGCUAGUGGAACGACUCACAUGCUCACCAACCCCGUCCACAGUGAACAGGACGUGGAAAUCUAUAACCCUAUAGUUCUUCGCCCCAGUAUACUCACGUUUCCAUGGCAGCCCAAGGUUGGAGCCUAUCAGUACACAAUAAAGGCAACAGGAGGGAGUGGGAAUUUCAGCUGGUCUGCCUCCAAUACAGCAGUUGCCACGGUGACUGUGAAAGGAGUGAUGACAACAGUCAGUGACAUCGGCCUUAGUGUAGUUAAAGCUCACGAUCUCCGCAACCCGCUACACUUUGGCCAGAUGAAGGUGUAUGUGGUUGAGCCGGUGGCAAUGGACUUUGCUCCAUGCCCAGUAGAAGCAAGGGUGGGCCUGGUUCUGGAUCUUCCACUCAGAAUCUUUGGCCUGCUGGACGAGGCGGAGAAAGAGCGGGCCAUGUUGAGCGACUGCUCCCACUUUGACCUGCAGGUUGAAGAGGACAACCAUGGUGUCUUCCAACUACUAGACGAGGGGCUGGCUCCAGGCCAGGAUCACUGCAGUGGGGUGAGAGCCCGAGCCCUGGCUUCUGGCUACACCAUGCUGACUGUCAGCUACACCCACGGCAACAUUCACCUCAGUGCCAAGAUCACCAUUGCUGCAUAUCUUCCUCUCAAAGCCGUUGACCCUGUAUCUGUGGCUGUGGUGACUCUGGGAUCAUCUAAAGACAUGCUGUUUGAGGGCGGCCCUCGGCCUUGGGUUUUAGAGCCUUCAAAGUUCUUCUGCAACUUGCGUGCUGAGGAUGAGUCAAGUGUGAGCCUCACUCAGACAAGUCCGUCAUCACACAACUUCAAUCAGCACUGGGUCAGAGCAACCUGCCAGAUCCUGGGAGAGCAGGUGCUGGAGGUGAUGGUGGGAAAUUUGGCCAGUGUGACCAAUCCUUUUCCUGCUGUGGAGCCGGCCGUGGUCAAGUUUGUUUGUGCCCCUCCGUCUCGCUUCACCCUGGUCCCGGUGUAUACCAACCCACAGCUGGACCUGACCUGCCCACUGCUGCAACAGAACAAACAAGUGGUACCCGUUUCAAAUUACCGCAACCCCAUAUUGGAUUUAGCCGCUUUCGAUCAACAAGGAAGAAAGUUUGACAACUUCAGCUCUCUGAGCAUGAUGUGGGAAUCAACCAUGGUGUCUGUGGCCAGUAUUGAACCCACUAUGCCCAUGGAGCUGCUGCAGUUGAAGGAUGGCAACAAACAGAUGAAACUUCACGGACGUCGCACGGUUCUUGUCCAUCAUCAGACAGGCAUGGCAGCCAUCACAGUGACUGCUGUGGGUUACCAGGUUUCCCAUCUUACAGCAGCCGAUGUUCCAAGUCCAUAUGAGCCCCUGACCCCUGUCUCAGCCACUGUGGAACUCCUGUUGGUUGAAGAUGUGAAGGUGUCUCCUGACACAGUCACCAUUUACAACCACCCAGAUGUGCGGGCAAACUUGGCUCUGCAAGAAGGCUCGGGAUAUUUUUUCAUCAAUACCAGUGCAAAAGGGACUGUGGAUGUUGUAUUCCAGGAGGCCCAGAGAAGUGCUCAGGUGUCUCCCGUUCAACCAGGGGAGGUCAAGGUGAUGGUUCAUGACCUCUGUCUGGCAUUUCCAGCCCCGGCCAAGGCCACAGUCCAUGUUUCUGGCAUCCUGGAGGUUUAUGUGAGAGUCGUGGAUAAGGUGGAAAUAGGCAAAUCUGUGACGGCUUAUGUCAGAGUCUUGGAUGAUAAUAAGAAGCCCUUCCCAGCCAGCUAUUUCACUUUUAUGAAUCUUAAACUCAAAGCUUCUUCAUCUAUAGUCUCUUUAAAAUCCUUGGCAGAUUUAACAGAAAAAGAUACAGCUGUGUUCCUGGUCAAAGGUCUUGCUAUUGGUCAGACUACUGUAACAGCUUUUGUCGUUGAUAAAAGUGGGAAGAAAAUUGCAUCUCUACCACAGCAAAUUGAGGUAUUUCCACCAUUUAAGCUCAUCCCAAGGAAAGUGACUCUAUUAAUCGGGGCAAUGAUGCAGAUCACAUCAGAAGGUGGCCCCCAGCCUCAGUCCAAUAUCCUUUUCUCCAUUUCCAACGAGGAGAUAGCGUCUGUUAACGGCAUGGGUCAUGUCAGGGGUGUGGCCAUUGGUAAUGUCACUGUGACUGGAUUGGUCCAAGCUGUUGAUGCAGAGAGUGGAGAGCUGGUCGUCGUGUCUCAGGAUCAAGUAGGAGUUGAGGUUGUGCAAUUGGCUGCCAUUCGAAUCAGAGCACCUAUCACAAGAAUGAAGACAGGAGCACAGAUGCCCGUGUAUGUGAUGGGUCUGACCAAUAGCCAAACACCCUUCUCCUUUGGCAACGCUUUCCCCAGCCUCACCUUCCACUGGUCCACCACCAAAAGAGACAUUCUGGAUGUUGAGCCGAGACACAUCGAGGCUAACGUGGAGCUCCAGUCAGAGCACAACUUUGGUAUGAGGGUGACUGGAAGAACCAGAGGGCGGACGGGGCUUAAGGUGGUGCUUAGGGUUACAGACUCUAAGGCUGGGCAGCUAUUGGGGAAUCUGCAGGAGCUCACUGAUGAGAUUCAGAUCCAGGUCUAUGACAAGCUGCAAAUGCUAAAUCCUGAAGUAGAGGCUGGGGAGUUACUGAUGGCUCCAAACUCAGCCCUCAAACUGCAGACAAACAGGGGCGGUGUAGGUACAGUCUCUUACCGCAUGCUGGACUGCCCUGACCAGGUUGUUAUCGCUCAAGUGGAUGAUAAGGGCUUUCUCUUUUCUGGAUCUCUCACCGGCAUCUCCUCUCUGCUGAUCUCUUCGCAUGAGACAUUUGGUGUCAAUCAAACUCUCAUCCUCGCUGUGAAGGUGUUGCCUGUGUCCUAUGUGCGCUUCAGUACCAGUCCAGUCUUCUACACACACACCAAAGAGAGCCUGAAAGCCUUGCCCCUUGGAAUAGUGCUCACCUUCACUGUCCACUUUCAUGCCAGCGCUGGAGAGACCCUGCACAGCUCCAACACACAGCUUACGUUUGCCACAAACAGAGACGACCUUGUGCAGGUGGGGAUGGGGCCUGGUAACAACACUCUGACUGUGAGGACCAUCAACGUAGGCCUCACUCUCCUUGCAGUGUGGGACAGUGGAAACAUGGCUGUGGCGGACUAUGUUCCAAUACCUGUCGAGCAUGCUAUCCACCCACAUGGUGCUGAUGAGAUCCAUGGACUUGUGGUUGGGGACGUCAUCUGCUUUAAUGUCCUUUUGACUGGCCUUGAUGGUGGUGAUGGUGCUUGGAGCUCCUCAGCUGAUGCUGUUCUUCAGGUGGAUCCUAACAGUGGUGCAGCUGUGGCGAGAAGUGCUGGGACGGCCGCCGUUUACUAUGAGAUAGCUGGCUUUUUGAAAACAUACAUAGAGGUGGUGGUGAAUGCACCCACAAGGACAGCGGCUAUGGCGCAGCCUACACCUGUCAGAAUCGGACAGGAAACAAAAGUCCUGCUCACUACCAGAGAGAGAGGAACCCACCUCAUUGGAAGCUGUUCCUCUGCCCAGACUGAAGCUAUUUCUCAGCUGCAGCCACAAACCUCCGUCAGCUGCCAUCUCAGCUUCACCAGUGAUGCUGUGGACUUCCCUGCUAAUGAUGUCUUCACAAAGCACACCAGCUUUGACACCAGCACUGGCCUCUACACAUGUUCCAUAAGCCAGCUGCCAGGGACAGAGCAGCAGACCCGCAUGAACAAAAUGUCCAUGAGCAACCUGCUGGUGAAGGCCGGCCUGGAGGGCAGUGCCUUCUCAGGGGAACAAGUCAGCGCCAUUCUGCCCAUAGAUCUGGGCCUCUACUCUGACUCCACUGAGCUGCUGCUCUCAAGUCUGCGGCCGUCAGCAGAGCUCACUAUCUACGGCACCACUGCCGCCCUGUCCAACAUGGAGGUGGUUUCCACUUCUGCAAACAUUGCCGUCCAAGAGAAGGAGGUGCACCAUGACUUCCCCAGUUUCUCAAAGUACACCGUCAGUGCUGUGGACCCUAAGGCAGCUGUCUCUGCUUCUGUUUCCGUUAGCAGCACUUCCUACGGCCAGAGUCUCGUCAUCCCAGUCACUUUCAUUCCAGUGGCUGAUGCUUACAUUGCAACGGAAGCAGCAGCUCCUCUUGUGGGUAACCAGCCGGGGGGCCACUCCCUGCAGAACCUGAUAGACAGCUACCAGAUGAUAUUCUUCUCCCUGUUCUCUCUGCUGGCCGGCACAGCUAUCAUCAUCAUCGUCCUCCACACGGUGUUCUCUCCCAGGGAAAAAGCGUAUCAUCCUGUUUUCAUCGCCAGGACACCUCCUGCAGACUCGGGUUUAGGCACUCCAGACGGGACUUGUUUCCGCAGAAUACCAAGAGCGGACCCAAACAGCAGCCCCAGGUCUCGUCUCUAUUCUCCAGACUACAGGUCCUGAUAAAGCUCUCAGGCAGGUCUUCUGCUCUUAAAAAAAAAAAAAAGAAAGACCACCACAGGCCAUUAAUGCAUAUUGAAUGUGAUUCUGUCGGUACACAGGCGUUUUUUUUUUUUUGUAACACAGAUCAGUGGAGAGCUGUAAGACGCUUACAGGGCUAUCUUAUGUGUGUGAAACAGGUUUAUCUACGUGUGUUUGAGGUUUGCCUUUGAAAAAGUUUUUAAACAAACAAAACCACUCAGUUAAGUAUUUCAAUGGGUUUUCAGAGUGCUUAAAAACCAAAUAACUAGUUUGUGUUUGAAUACGUCUGCUUCUUGUGUUUGUUUGCCCUUCACGUGUGUGCUAUCAUAUUUCACAUGUGAAAACUAAUAUCUCAGGAGAAACCUUGUUCUUGUUCCAUGAUGGAAAAGGAAAUGUUAACAUAUUUCUUUUUACAAAAGGUGCAUUUCAUUUGUUAUGUUGUAGCUCAUACAUUGUGUGAAAAUGCUGUCCACUGAGUCCGUCCUCUCCUCUUGAGGAACCCUUCUAAUGUGCUGAAUCCUCACUGGGAAAAUGCAGAAAUCAGUUUAGUUUUGGGCAUUUUUUGGGGAGAUUUUUAACUUCUCCGUUAUUUAACCGAGUUUAUGAGCCACAAAUGCAUGUAGCGCCCGUCUAUUUCAUCAAUGUGAAACGGUUAAGGAAUGUGAACAUUUUCAGUUAUUCAAGUGUUUCUUCAGAAUCAAUCAAAUGUGAUCUUACUGAAGCGCUGUGGAAAUGCAAGAGCAUCAAAGUGUGACUUUGUUUUAAAUGAGGUAUUUUUGUAUUUGAGAAUAUAUGUUGAUGAGGACUCGUAUUUAUGUUAGCUAGUGAAAUUCAUAUUUACUGUAUCAGGCGUCAGUGUUUUUUUUUGUGUUUGAAGAUUCAUGGUUCUGCCCCACAAUCAUAUCUGUACAGCUUUUGGCACAUAACACAGACACACGUUUGUGAAUAACGCUGUUGCUUUUGCUAAUAAAAGUUUUUACUUUUCA